AUCUAUGGUGAGGAACGAGAGCGCAGAGGCAAAGCACUUGCGUCAUUUCGCAGCGCCUGGGUAGAUUUAUACUUGGCGCCAAGGAAGGGUGGUGGAGGUGGGAUUGUGUGCUAAAUCUGAUCGUAAUCACAAUACAUUUAUUUUUUGAUAAAAAUGGAUAUUCGGCAGUUUUUCCAGCCUAAACUAACUGCGAACUCAGGUGCUAAACCAAAACUUCCCAAGAGUAACAGCAUCAGUGGCAAUGAUGAUUCUAAGAAGAAAAAGAAGUCGAGUUCCAAGGAUGAAUCAAGUCCAAAGGCUGAGAAACCUUCGGCAAAACGAAAAAAGCGUGCUGUCAUAGACUCAGACUCAGAGGAGGAAAAGCCCCGCAAGAAGGCCCAGAAAGCCCCCAAAGAGCCUGAGAAGUCGCACAAACCUGCAGCGCUGGUGAAAAAGGACCCGGUUCAUUACGUCUCUGAAACGGAUUCAGACAGCGACACCUUUGAGUCCCUGAAGAAACCCUCUAAACCCCGGGAGAAUGGGCUCUCCUCAUUGAAGGCGGUGGGACGGGGGAAAGGCAAGCCUCCUGCCGUCAAAUCCCCCCCCAAGCCCUCGUCUGCUCCGGGAAAGGCGAGGGUCAAGUCUCCCGUGACCCCCACCACCCCCAAAUCGACCCCGCCCCAACCGAAGCACACCCCAGUCUCGGUUCUGGACUAUUUCGGCCAAAGCAGCAUCCAGCGGUCGGAGAAGAAGUUAGUGGCCAGCACCAAGAGGAAGGCUGGCCAUGAUGAUUCCCAGAGCGACGAGGCCAUCGCCAAGCAGCUGCAGAUGGACGAGGACAUGGAGCUGGAGAAACAGCUGCAUGAGGACGAGGAGUUCGCUCGGACACUGGCCAUGCUGGAUGAGGCCCCACAGCCCAAAAAGGCUCGCAGGGACUCAGGGGAGAAGCCCGGAUCCCCGUCCUCACCCAUCAAGAGUGGCCCCUCACACACAGCCUCCAGCUCCCACUCUCAGCCCAACGGGAAGGCCUCAGACAGCCAGGAGGCCCCAGGUCCAUCCACCAAGAUCGCCCGCUCGCCUCUGAAGACCAGCUCCAAACUGGCGCUGAUGAAGAAGAGGGAGGAGGAAGAGGGAGCGAGGAAGAAGGACCCACCCAAGGCCACACUCAUCAUCUCGCCCAAGAAGGAGUCGCCGGCCUCCUCCAGCUCGAGCAGACCAGCCACCCAGGCAGUGACCACGCCCAAGGUGGAGAAGAUCUCACCCAAAAAAGCAGAGAGCGUCAGCCCGGAGGACUCGGAGAAGAAGCGUGUGAAUUCUCAGGCGUAUCGCAACUACCUGAACCGGGAGGGCCCUCGAGCGCUGGGGUCCAAGGAGAUCCCGGAGGGGGCGGAGAACUGCCUGGAGGGCCUGACCUUUGUGGUGACGGGCGUGCUGGAGUGCAUGGAGCGCGACGAGGCCAAGUCUCUGAUCGAGCGCUACGGCGGCAAGGUGACCGGCAACGUCAGCCGCAAGACCAGCUACCUGGUGCUGGGCCGAGACAGCGGGGCCUCCAAGACCGAGAAGGCUCAAGGAUUUGGCACGAAGAUCCUCGAUGAGGACGGUUUACUGGCUCUCAUCCGGUCCAAACCGGGGAAGAAGUCCAAAUACGAGAUCGCAGCCGAGGCGGAGAACAAAAUCUCCAAGUCCCGCACCCCCGAGCCCCAGCGCUCCAGACCGAAGGGCUCCCCUCAAAAGUCCGCCUCCAAAACACGAGCCACGCCCUCCAAGAAGACCACGCCCUCCAAGAGGACCACGCCCUCCAAGAGGACCACGCCCAAGACCAGCAGAGGCACGCCCUCUGGCAGGCCGUCUCCGCGGGGCAAGGGCGAAGGCGGGGAGGCCAGGAAGGGGCUGUCCUUCAGCCAGAGGGCAGCCUCCCCCUCUCCCUCCUCUUCCUCAGAGGCCAGCCUGCUGUGGGUGGAUAAGUACCGGCCGCGCGCGCUCAAGGGUCUCAUCGGCCAGCAGGGGGAGCAGAGCUGCGCCAACAAGCUGCUGCGCUGGCUGCAGAGCUGGCACCGACAUCACACUGGAGACAAGAAACCUGCAGCGAGGUUCGGGAAGUUUGGCGGGAAGGACGAUGGCUCCGGGUUCAAGGCGGCGCUGUUGUCCGGCCCCCCCGGUGUCGGCAAGACAACCACCGCCGCCCUCGUCUGUGAGGAGGUGGGCUACAGCUACGUGGAGAUGAACGCCAGCUGCACGCGGAGUAAGAACAGCCUGAAGGUGGUGGUGGCAGAGUCCCUCAAUAACACCAGCAUAAAGAACUUCUACGCCGGUGCGUCUCAGACCGUCAGCAGCAAGCACGUGCUCAUCAUGGAUGAGGUGGAUGGCAUGGCUGGCAACGAGGACCGGGGAGGAAUCCAGGAGAUGAUUAGCUUGAUUAAGCAGACUAAGAUCCCCAUCAUCUUCAUGUGCAAUGACCGCAACCACCAAAAGAUCCGCUCUCUGGCCAACUACUGCUUCGACCUGCGCUUCCAGAGGCCUCGCGUCGAGCAGAUCAAGGGCGCUAUGAUGUCCAUCGCUUUCAAAGAAGGCCUGAAGGUCCCGCCUCCCGCUCUCAAUGAAAUCAUCCUGGCAUCCAAUCAGGACAUCAGACAGGUGCUGCACAACCUGAGCAUGUGGUCUGCAACAGACAAGGUCAUGACCUACGACCAGGCCAAGGCUGACGCCAAGAACGCCAGGAAGGACAUGAAAAUGGGUCCAUUCGAUGUGUGCCGUAAGGUGUUCACCAGCGGAGAGGAGACCGCGCACAUGUCCCUCAUUGACAAGUCCGACCUGUUCUUCCAUGACUACUCUCUGGCGCCCCUCUUUGUCCAGGAGAACUACCUACACGUGCGGCCGGCGGCCGCAGGUGGGAAUCUGAAGAGCCACCUGGUACUGCUGAGUAAGACAGCAGACAGCAUCUGUGAUGGAGACCUGGUGGACCGACAGAUCCGCUCCCGUCAGACCUGGUCACUGCUGCCCACUCAGGCGAUCUAUGCCAGCGUGCUGCCAGGAGAGCUCAUGAGAGGUUAUAUGAAUCAGUUCCCCACCUUCCCCAGCUGGCUGGGAAAGUUCUCCUCUACAGGAAAACACAACCGCAUCAUCCAGGAGCUCGCCUCUCACAUGAGCCUGCGGACCCACAGCAGUAAGCAGUCUGUGAACCUGGAGUACCUACCCUACCUGCGCUCGGCCCUGCUGCGGCCCCUGGAGAGCCAGGGGGCCGAGGGGGCCCCGCAGGCAGUGCAGUUCAUGGACGACUACGACCUGGUCAGGGAGGACGUGGACAACAUCAUGGAGAUCAGCACCUGGGCGGGGCGGCCCGAGCCCUACUCCAAACUGGACCCCAAGGUGAAAGCGGCCUUCACACGGGCCUACAACAAGGAGGCGCACCUGACGCCGUACUCCCUGCAGGUGGUGAAGAAGGGGAAGCGUGGAGGCGCAGAGCCGGAGCUGGGCGGGGAGGAGGGGGAGCAGGAGGCGCAGGAGGAGGAGGAGGAGGAGGAGGGUGUGGCCACCGAUGCCAUGAUCAAGAAGAAGAAGGCGAAAGUCUCCAAGGACAUCAAGCAGGAGAAAGCAGUGGAUUCUGGGAAGGGCAAGGGUAAGGGCAAAGGCAAGGGCAAGGGCAAGGCUAGUGCCAAAAAGUGAGUGAGAGAUGGGCACGUUGACCCGCUCUAAACCCUCACGGGGAGAGAACUGAACACUGGGAGCACAGUGGAACACCUGCAAAAGACUAACUGCCCCACCUCCACCCCUUCCCAAACUACUCUUCAGCUGUCCCUGAGGAUGCUACCAAAAAAUCCAACCACAGUAACCCACAUAAUCACUGAGUAGCCGGAACAAUAAGGUGUGUGUUGGCACAGUGUAAAUAGCUUACUGCUGAACCGUUCCCUGAAUUGCUGUUGAUUCAGGGGGUCUGUACAUGACCGUAGAGAGAGGUGCUUCUUACGAGGUACGGAGGCUUGAUUGGUGGCUAUAAAACGCUUGCAGGAGCUGGUCUUGUGGCUGGAGAGGGAUCUGGGAAGUGUAGUUUCUCAUCCUGAAGGACGCUUGGUUUUGUCCCUUCUCGCUGCUCUCAUGACUCGACAGAUUCGGCAAACGGGCGGAAGGCUCUGAGCAUUGGUUUGCCGCAGGAUCAGACUGUAAAUAUGUAUUUCCUGUGUAUUAUUUCCUUUUCCUCCCAACUUAUGAACACUUACAUAUUUCAGAGCUACACUGGUUCAGCAUCAGUAAAUGAUCUUUUUUUUUUUUUCCUGGGCUGACAUUUGGAAUGUGACCCUAUCUACUUUGAAGAUGCUGGAGAUUUUUUCCCACCUUUUGCAUUUCUUUUGUAUGAGGUUAUCAGAAUAAUAAAGAGUUUAAUAGCUGGC